GUAGGGAACGAGUGGGGGUCCUGGGACUUUUUGGGAGGGAACAGUUUGGGGGGAGAUUUUUCCUGGGCUGUGGAUGAAGGCACAGGCUGUAGGGGUGUCUCAGGAUGGAGGGGAGAUUCGGUGUAGAGAAGUCCUAUGGUAUGAUGUGUGGUAACAAAUUGGGACGUUUCCUGGAGCAGUUGGAAAGAGACAGGUUUCAGAGAGAGAGGUGUCCCAGGACUUUGUACAGGGGAAGUUUGGGGAUGGGUGUCCCCGGACUGUGUGUGUGUGUGUGUGUGUGUGUGUGUGUGUGUGUGGCAUCACUCGAGGUAUCCUGGAACUGUGGGGAUCACCUAGCUUUUUUCCUGGUAGAGAAUGGAUUAUUAGGCCUUUGGAGUCCUGGGGGAAAUUGUUAACCACAUAAAAGUUGCAUGCAGUUGCCCUGGCCCCCGUUCUGCAGACUCCCCCAUUCUGUGGCUCCAGCCCCUGAACUGUGGUGAUACCAAGCCAGUUGGGAUUACCUCACUCAUGUGCUUCCUCCCAUCUUUUGUUUUUUGAUCAUGUUUCUGCAGCCAUAGGAGUAAGGACUCUUGGACAACUGCCUUUAUAUUCCUUCAGAUGUAUCUGUCGUUAAGCAAAUCCAGCAUACAAAUGUUGGGUUUAUUCAGAAGGUUAAAUUAGGGAUUUUUUUUAUAACCUGAAUUUCCCCAUUGAUUUACUAUGGGAUUCUUUGAGAGAACAAAUUCUCCAGUACAUUUAACACUAGUCAGUUUAUGGAAAAUCAACUUAAUUCAACAAAUGUUGAGUUAAAUUGUCUACUAUGCUCAAAGCACUGUGUUGUGGGAGAUAUCAGAGAAGAGCAAGACAAGGCCCUUACCCUCAAGGAACCUUGUCUAGCUGGGAAGAUGAGACAUAUACCUGGGAAAUAGGCAAUGGUUUUGGGGAAGAGCUAUUGGCUGAUAACUAGACUUGCACUUUUGUUCUGCACUGUCUGACAUGAUGGGACCAGGCAGACCAGCUUCAACCUGUGUUAACCUCGCAUCUAGUGUCCAACUAGAUGGGAGGAGUGACCCCUGGAGACUUCAGACCCAGAACCAGCUGCAGUUUAAUAAGGAUGUUCCUACACAUCCAAGCAACUUGGCAAUCCGGUAUUCUUACCCAUGUGCAAUUAAAAUUGAAAAACUGAAGAACUCACACAAUGAGUCAGACCAUUGUAAAGAUUUGGAUUUUAGAGAUGGUUCUGACCUAAGCCGUUCUGUUUCAUUUUCUGUCAUAUCAGAAGAGAGACUUAGCUAUGCUGUCCACCUAGCCAAAAGAGAUAUGAAACGAAGACACUUUGAGGAGCAUGUGAAAAAACACCAUCUGACAAGUCAGCCCAAGAUCUCUCAGAAAUGUGGAUAUACCAGGCAUAAAAGAUCUGACCUUAGGGUGGAAAGGAAGGAACUGAAGAAUCAGGAAGUUUUUCAUUGCAGCCACCAGCCAUCCAAGGUAGAAAUUUCCAGCUCAGGUGCCAAGGUGUACGUGUACACAUCUCAUUCAGGACAGUCAGAUCUGCACAUGCCAAAGUCAUCACCCACCCAUGAUCUAGGACUGCAGCCACAUGGCAGGACAGGUGACCACAAAAGCCUGUGUGAACACAGAAGCCUGCUUGAGGUUCAGCGGCUCCAGAAAAUAUUGAGCAAUUGUAUCCGUAAAAUUGAAGAAGUAACAAAAGAAGAUAAAACAGAGGCAGCCUUGGAUCCAGACCAGGAGCGGCGGAUCCGUGUCUGGAGGCAGGAGCACGCGGCUCGCUCUGCCCGAAUGCUCUACGCCCUCCAGCAGCAGGUUAGAGAAAUCCAGGAAGAAUUGGAUAAACUGAGUCCACAUAAUACUAAACACACUAAGAAGUCAUGGGCAAUGUCCAGGCUGGCAUCUGCCCAUCGAGGAGCCAUUCGGGCCUUACAGAUGUUUGUCACUCAGUUUACUGACCGGGGGGAGCACCCAGUGCCUGCACAGUACAGGGAACUGGGCAGUCUUAUCCGCCAGCUGUCACUCUGUUCCACCAAAGUCGAUGCUGAUUCUUCUGAUAUGGUAAUAGAUAUCCUGCAACAAAUUGAGGCUUUGGAAUCCCUCCUAGAAAAGAAACUGUCACCAAAAAAGGUGAAGAAAAGUUUCACUGAAAUUAGGAGAAGAUUUCCUGUUGGUAGCCCACGGUCCUUAGAGAGAUGGCAAAGUUCAUUGCCAAAGAGCGAGAGGAGACACUUCGUAACAAAGAAGAUGUUUCCACAAGAAACAAGACAACCUUCAGUGGCAAAGAAGGUUCUUGCUGAUAAGUAUCAACCUGAUGAAGAGCUGCCAAUGACCCCGAGGUUGGAGAAGGAGCUUGAUGUGUUCCAUGCGGAUAUCCUUCCAGAAGAAGCUCCAUCUCUUCUAGACCAAAAUGCAAGCUUCAAGGAAGAGGCAGCCCUGGCAAAAACAAAAGCAGCGGGGAAAAAGCCUGUGCCUGAAAACGUGCCAUUUAGGAAGAAAGAUGCUCUGGCAUCGGCAACUCCCCCACAAGGACUUCACAAAACUGAAAAAAGUAGACCAACCCAAUCUCACAGCAAAAGUAGGUUGCAUCAGACAACAGUUUCAUCCAGAUUAAAAAUAAACCAACAGCCUAUGAAAGACACAAGGGCUCCAUGGAUACCUCCAAACCCCACAUCCCCACCAGCAUCUCCUAAAUGUGCUGCCUGGCUGAAGGUGAAAUCUAGCCCCAAAGAUGCCACGAAAGAGCAGUCUGUCGAGCAGGAAGGUGCCCAAGAGGAAAAUCAGCUGAGAGGUGCUGCUGAGCACGAAGCAGCUAGACUCGCUUGGCUUGAUGCAGAAACUUCCAAAAGAUUGAAGGAACUUGGAGAAUUAAAAACUGAAGAAAUGGACAAAAUGCAAAAUGAGAGUGUUUCUGCUACCCAGUUAGCAGACAAGGUAGAGAAGGCUGUUCUGGAGCGUUUGAAGCCUCUCCUGGCCAAGGCUCAGCGAGCCCGUUCUUCUCUGGAAGCAGAUACUCAUUUGAAGGAUCGACCAUUGGUAAACACAGCGACAGUGCAGCCUGCAGAGGAGGCUACUGUGGUUGAUUGUAAAUACAACAGUCCUCAGCUGGAUGAUAUUUUGGAAGAUACUACUCAUGAGCUCCGAGCUAUGACUCAUUCUAAGAUCUUGGAGCCUGACGCCUUGGCUACCUCAGGGGACAGCCUGUAUCUGGAGACCAUGUUGCGCCGAAUGGAGGAAAUGGAAAAAUACCAGGAGACAGUUCGUCAGAGAUAUACUAAAAUUGUAUAUACUGAUCUUCAUCUUUGGAUGCAGGAAGAAAAAAAUGACCAAAAAAUGGCAGCAGCAAGCGGAAGGCCCCCUCCUCCUCAUCCGAUCAGGAUCACAAGCACGGUAGCUCGCAAAGACUCGAACGCGAACGUCAACAUCGUGCUGGAGAGGCCGUGGAACGGCAAUUCCCUGGAUGACAGUGUGGGAACAGAGGAGAAGUCGGAGAAAAGAGAGGCUCACCCUCUCUCCCUGUCAGAAGAUUCUGGACAGAGGAAGGGCCGCACUGCCCUUCUUGUCCCCCCUGCCAUGCGACGCAGCAUCGGUGACUACUGCAGCCGCUACGAGCGGUACCUCCGGAUGGUCUCUCAUGAGGCCGUGGGCUCCUUCAAUCCGUGGCUGAUUGCUGAAAGCUUUUCAGAAGAGCUGAUAGAUGAAGCUCUGGGGUCUGUGGCUGCUGAACUUCAGGAUGUGUGUGAAGAUUAUGCGGAAGCUGUGUUCACCUCGGAAUUCUUAGAGGCUGCCGCCUGAAAGCUCUCCAAGACGGGGCCCGUGUCGCACUGGAGAAGUGGCCACAGCAAAUGUUGAUCCUCAGGCCUCAGCUGUCCAUCCAGGCCCAGAAGGUGCCGCGCUCUGAAAAGAAGGAAGUGCCUGUGAGGUCCUCCUCACUGCAUUUUGCCAUUGUCAUGGCAGUGGUUCUAGUAGUGUAUGGCGGAAUGUGAUACAUUGAUUAGUACCCAGGAAUCAGGAAUCGAUUAUGACAACAUAUUUUCUGAAUGUAUGGUUUUCCUAUUGAUACAUUCACCCACUGGCUCAGUUUGGUGAUCAGAAUGUUUUGAAAAAUAAUAGAUGGGUAUAUUUCAUACAGGGAUUCAAGUUGCUGUUGAACCUGUGGGUGGAUCAGUGCCAACAAAAGUGCAAUUACUGUCUUGUCCCAUCACCUGGCUCCUGUUUCAUCUUUGGCAGUUUCCCAGCAGGACACUUGUCCCCACUGGGUUCAGACACGUGGUGAGCCCAGACUUAGGCUGUACUGCAAACCGCUGCUCUGUUGCAGCUCAGUAGUAAGAAGCACCAGUUAUCAGUGCAUAACAGUAGCACACAUUUUUCUUGUGUGCAGUUCCUCAAAGUCUUCCAUUGUUUUCGGUCGGCAUAUUCUGUAUACAAAACUUUCUCUGAAUUCAGAGGAAAUUUGAAGGGUGGGCUUGGCCUUGUCUUGUGCCUGGUGAAAGGUCCAGAGCUCGCUUCCAUCCCUGGUGAGGUCAGACACUUCUACAUCUCUGAACCGCAGAGAAACCUUUGUGGGAGAGGAUGGAUUUGAAUGACUUGAAGACCCCCGUCUGGGUCUCCAGAGAAAGGAAGAAACUUAAGAACCGUAAUAACUUGGUCCUCGAACAUCUUAUAAGUCAUAUUUUACCGUGAGAAAAGCCUCUGUGUUUUCAGAAACAAGUCAGAAAAAGGGGUGUGUGUGAAAAUAAGGCCACUGCUGGAAAAAGGGUCCCUUGGUGUUUUGCCCAAGGCUUGUGAGAGAAAUGUGAAGCAUGAAUGAUGUGAGCCAUGCCCCAUGGGAUAAUGUGAAUCUUUUUUGUAACAUAUAUAUGUAUAGUGGUGUCACCUGGGGUUUUUCUCUGAAGUGCAAGUAUUCCAGAUGAUAAUUUAAGCUGCUUGAUCCCACUUAUUUGUACAAAAUUGAUUUUUUUUUUAAUGUUAAUGUUUUCUUGAUUAAUCUUAUAUAACCUCAGAAUUAAAAAUGCUUCAAGGAAAUUAAAGGGUUUAAUUUGAGGAGUCAGCUGUGUAUACUUGAAUUGACAGGAUCGUCUGUCACUGAUAGCUCAAAGUUAUUUGUGUGGCAGUUUUUACUGUGCUGAUUUUUAAAUAAACAGUAUUUUAAAGUAU